GUUCGACGUGCCCAAUGAGGAACGAGCUUCGCGGGGGCUGUCGGGAAAGGCCGCCGGUCUAUAUAAGGAGUUUGCUGGGCGUGUCGUCGCGCCGGGGUCGCCUUGCGGUUCUUGGACCGGGGCUGGUUGGGAGGUUGCCUUAGGCUCACUGAAGCGGCACCUGGGAGACGAUGGCGGAGGGAGAUAAUCGCAGCACCAACUUGCUGGCUGCAGAGACUGCAAGUCUGGAAGAGCAGCUGCAAGGAUGGGGAGAGGUGAUGCUGAUGGCCGAUAAAGUCCUCCGAUGGGAAAGAGCCUGGUUUCCGCCUGCCAUCAUGGGUGUGGUUUCCUUGGUGUUUCUGAAUAUCUAUUAUCUAGAUCCAUCUGUUCUAUCCGGUGUUUCCUGUUUUGUUAUGUUUUUGUGCUUGGCUGACUACCUUGUUCCCAUCCUGGCGCCUAGAAUUUUUGGCUCCAAUAAAUGGACCACUGAGCAGCAGCAAAGAUUCCAUGAAAUUUGCAGCAAUCUAGUAAAAAUUCGUCGCAGAACUGUGGGCUGGUGGAAACGCCUCUUCACACUAAAGGAAGAAAAGCCGAAAAUGUACUUUAUGACCAUGAUCAUUUCUCUUGCUGCGGUUGCUUGGGUGGGACAGCAGGUCCACAAUCUUCUUCUCACCUACCUGAUAGUGACUUUCUUCCUGUUGCUUCCUGGACUAAACCAACAUGGAAUCAUUUCGAAGUACAUUGGAAUGGCUAAAAGGGAGAUGAACAAGCUUCUUAAGCAAAAAGAAAAGAAAAACGAGUAACGCAUCUUCUUUAUUCAGUGUGAUUAAUGGAGUAUACAUUGUGCGUGGGAACAGUGUCUCUUACCUGGAUACUAAAGUGUUACAGAAGUAGCUCUUUGCUCUCACGCAUUCUGCCCUUAGUUACUAGAAAUUCAGACUUGCCACACAAGGCUUUAUACAGAGUCUUCAUGUCAAGUGUAUCUGGGUGCAUUCUCAUCAAUUGGCCUUAUAUGGACAACUCAUGAAUACAGCUUGUUUUGAUUUUUCUCACACAGGGUUGAUUACUUAUAGGCAGCUUCCGUUAAAAUAAUAUAGUGAUGAACUUCAAUCUUUAGUACAGUUAAAUGACUUUGGAUAAUCGUUCAAGUUGAUCUUUGCUUUAGCUAGAUAUAAGGUGUAGUGGUCUGUGGCUAUAGGAAACUGGUUGUACUGUCUCCUUCCCAGUCUGCUUAAAAAAAUGUCCAGCUUCAAGAAUAUAGAGACCAAGUUUACCACUUCAAUGAAGAGACCAAUUCUGUUUCUAUACCAUGGAGAAGCACCCUCAUGAAAUAAAAUGAUACUAAUUACAUGCCCUAGUAUGUAUUGGUUUCUCCCUUGUGCAAAACUGAGUAGCUGAUCCUCCGAAAUGGGGAACCUGACAGUUUUAGAGCUCUUGUCUCAUUGCACUUAGCUUUCAAGUUAGUAGGUCCUAAAGGCUUUUUAAUAGCAGGCUUCCAAAAGCUUGAAUUUAGGAUUUUUUGGCAUACUUUAGUUUCAGAUUUUCAGCUGUCUAAAACUAAAGUACAUAGAGAUGAAGACUCGUGCCUAUGACUUUUACUCUAAGACCUGCUAAUAAAGGACAAAAGUCUUCUUCCUGUGUUUCAUCAAGAUUCGGUAGAAAAUAAUUUUCUUCCACUCAUUUUUCAAUUCUCAUUUUAUGGUAAUGUUGGCUGCUUGGUCCCCAUAGAUUUGGUCUAGGAGGUGGUGACUAUGCUGGCAUCUGACUGUUUUUCCUAGAUAUUUCUCAAGAUUAUAAGGGCUGUUGGUGAGAGCAAACUUGUGUACAUGAUAGAUAGCCUUAGGUCUAUAGCGAUGUUCUAACUCUUGGAAAGCGUUUUAGAAUCAUUUUCCCUCUCAGUACCUAGAUAUUUAGAGUAGUUGAAAUCUGUGGAAUGAACCUUUUAAGGGCCGAAAAUGUGACAUAUUUGGGAACAAUUCUUUAACUCUGAUUAACUAGCUGUAAUAUAGUUCUGUGAAUUUAUUGCACUGAUGCUGUAAAACCUGGAUCUUGUGGUAUAUCUGUCCCUACAUAAGUGUUGUUUUCUCCCCUUCAAUAUUGCUGUCAACAGUGGCACCCAUGUAGCAUAUGUUUGAGUUUUUUGUUUCAUACUACAAGCUACCUUAAUUUACAUGUGUUUCCUCAUUGUAAAUAAGCCUGUCUCCUUACCUGGAUUUUUUGUGUGUAUACAUGUUCUACCAACUACUUUUGUGAUUUUAAUUCUGUAUUACUUCUACUUCGUUUUGUGAAAAGGGGAAAAAUAAAAGCUGGUAUCCCUU